AUGUCAUCUAUAUCAAAUAUUCGCCGUCAAAUGAAAAAUGUAGCUCGUAAUUAUUCAGAAGCACAAGUUAAGGUUCGAGAAGCAACAAGCAACGAUCCGUGGGGACCAACAACUGUUUUAAUGGGGGAAAUUGCAGAAUUAACUUAUAAUCCAGCUGCAUAUAAUGAUAUUAUGACAAUGCUUUUUAAAAGAUUAAAUGAUCAUGUGAUAAGAGAUUUUCAACAUAUUGAAGAAAAUCGUGAUCAGGGUUUAAAUGUGAGAGAAAAAGCAAAACAAAUUAUAAAUCUACUAAAAGAUGAAAAAAAGCUUAAAGAGGAACGUCAAAAACAACAAGCAACUCAAAGAAAAUUUAGGCAACAAAAUUUUUCUCUUCAUGGUGAGAGUUCAGGUAUGGGUUUAAGGAAACAUUCGGAAUUAGAAGAUGCAAGACCAGCUAGUGCUGGUGAAGAAGAAAUUCAACUUCAAAUUGCACUAGCAUUAUCUCGUGAAGAAUGUGAAAAAGAAGAAGAAAUGAGAAAAAGAGAGCAAAUGGGAUUACAAAUUGCUUUAGAAGAAUCAAAAAAAGAGGUUGCAGCUGGACCAUCAAAUAUAGGGGGCGGACAAACAGAUUUAUUUGGUGAACAAAUAAACUUGAAUAAUGAAAGCAAAUCAUCAAAACAACAAUCAACAAGUAUUAUUGAUGAUUUAUUAUCAUUGAAUUUUGGGGAUUCUGAUACAACAGUUUCGAAAGCAAAUAAUAUAAGCACAACGGUACCUGUCAACAACGACCCCUGGGCUCCUUCCAGUUCUACUUUAAUACCUUUAAAUGCUGAUCCAUUUGUUGCAAUGCCAUAUAAAUCAUCAACAAUGGAUCCUUGGAAUUCUCCUUCAACGAUCCUUCCUUCUAACAUGGCUUCUUCCAAUUCUCAUUCAAGUGAUCCAUGGAAUAAUUUGCCAUCUUCUUCUGAUAUGCCUUCACUUGCAUCUAAUGCUGCGGCACAUCCUGAAAUAACUCCAAAAUUUAACACAAAAACUGAUACAUGGGCAGAUACACUUACUAAUUCUUCUAAAAUAAGUUCUCCACCAAAAUCUAAUUUACAACCACUAACAUCUGAAAAUAAUAUUAGUUUUGAUCCAUGGAAUGAUUUGCCAAAAAUGAAUUCUAACGCAGAUAUUUUAAAUAAAACAAAUAAUUCUGAUAGUCCUUGGGGUGAGGUAUCAUCAUCAGUUUUAACUAACACAACAACAUCAAAUGUGACAACUUCAAAUGUUGUUUUGAAUGAUCCUUGGUCGGUUCCUUCAGAAGAGGUUAAUCUACUAGCAUCUUCCACAGUAAAAAAUGACCAUAAUUCAUCGUCAGUUUUACCUGAAAGCAAGAUAAAUCAACAACGGAAAAAUGUCAAAACACCAGAAUCCUUUUUAGGUGCUAAUUCAUCUCUUGUUAAUCUUGACAAUUUAAUGGGUGCACCAUCAACAACUACCAAAACGACAAAUAAUCCAUUUUUGGACUUAGUACAGCCAACAACACCUAAUCCAUUUCAUGCACAACAAGGUCCAUCACCAUCACUAAAUCAAAUGAUACAAAACCAAAAACCAGCAGCAGCAGAAAAUAAGCAUAACAACGAUUUAUUUUCUCUAUUUUAA